AUGCCGCCUCCCCCUCUCCUGACCGCGUUCUCGAAAACGCUGGGCUUAUUUAGGAAGCUGGUUCGGGAUGCAUACCGUGACGCAUACGGGACCGGGUUCCCCUCAAUCACGAAAGUCGCUAGACGCCGGGUGGAAACUGCCAGUUGCUGGGUGGCAACCCUCAUACGAGAGAACGCUGCUGACUCAAACCUCAACGGAGUCGAUGUUAUUCCCCGAUCGGCCGCUUAUGUGUGGAGAUUGGGCUCAGGUCUGGUGCUGACUCGGUGCCUGGGUCUAGCCCAAGACGAUUUGGAGCAAUGUCACGAUGUGAGCCCCGUGCUAAGCGUGGGAGGCAUGCAGAGACCUAUUGGCCGGCUUGCGACGAGUGUGACGGAGGCUGCGGUAGUCGUUCGCACGGCACAGGGCCUAUUCCGUAGGGCUGCCACUGGCGCGCCCAAUACCCAAUGUCUCAGUGCCUCUUUGGCUUGCGGCUGGUCUUUCUUAGCUAGAUUCGGAAGCCCGGCCUGGGAACUGGCGUCACCGCAUCCUGGGGCGUCCAAGGCGGACCGGACGGGGAUGUCAUCACCACCAAAACACGCCGGUUCUGUCGGCCUGCGGAGAGAUCAAACGACAACCCUGCAGCCAAGCGCCUGCGCCCAGCUCCACGCAACCUAUCACGGCUCGAUUAGGCGGCGUAUUAUGGGCCGCGGCUUCCGCCCUGUCGGGCUUGGCCCAUGAGCUGACAAUCCUGACAUUGCGAAGGGGUCCGUUAAGCGGUUUGCGGUUAGGAUGCUCGACGGGAUGAGCACGGAGUAAGACGGAU